AUGGACAUCCAUUACAACAAUAUCAACUUGAAACCAAAGAUUAAGAAGAUUACAAGUUCAAGUUCAAGUUCAAACUCUUCUCAAACUCCCUUGUCAAAUAACUCAUCUUCAACUUCUCUUUCCCUUCUAUCGUCUCGUUCUUCAAGAUCGACUUUAGAUCCUGUCACUUCUUCAUCUCCACAUUCGCAAUAUUUAAAAUAUCAAACUUCACCACUUUGCACAAUGAGUUCAACAGAAUAUCAAAAAAAACACCAGAAAAGUUCAAAUUCAAGUCAAACAAGUCUCAAAUCAAAUAAACAACAUCAACAGCAACAACAGCAACAAGAAUCCAUGGAUUAUCUUGAAUAUAUGGAAAAACAACCAUGUUAUCCACCAACUUAUUCAGCGGCUAAUGCUUCAAAAUCUAUACGUUUCCCCAUAUAUGAACAAGAAGAAACUCAUAUUUUACCAGAUUAUUCUCCUUCAAUUUAUCAAAUUUCAUUAGGCUUGAAAAAAAUUGAAUGGUUAUCACCUUAUGAACCUUCUCCAAUAAGAAAUUGGAAAAAUGUUAUAAUGGAAUUAAAUUCAACUCAAUUAAAUUUUUACUCAAUUGAUCAUCAAAAUAUACCCUUAUUGAAUCGUGUUAAGAAAUCUAAAACCAAAAAGAUCUAUGAAUUUACUCCUAUAGAAUCUGAAUUUAUCUUGAAUACAAUAAAGCAAAAUCCAAUGGAAUAUUUAACUUCAAAAAAAUUAAUUAAAUCUUAUUCUUUACAAUUUGCUAAAUUUGGAUUACCAGUUGAUUAUAAGAAAAAAAACAAUUGUCUUAGAAUUCGUGCAGAAACUGAACAAUUUUUAAUUCAUUUCCAUACUAUUGAUGAAAUGAUUAAUUGGUCAAAUUAUUUAUCAACUGGUAUUAAUGUCAGUUUAGAUCUUGAAUCAAGAAAAUUACCAAAUGAUAGAACCGUUCCAAGAAGAAGACGUAAUAGAAGAGGUUCAAGUUCAAAUAGAAAUAGAAGUUAUUCUGAUUCGGAAUUGAUUAGAAGAGAAUUAAGUACUUCUUCAGCAAAUAAAAGAAGAUCAAGUUUUAGUGGUGGUCCUGAAUCUUCAAUAAAAGGUAAAAUUUCAAGAUUAUUUAAUAGAAAAAGAUCUGAUGUUUCUUUAAAUGAUAUUGAAGAAUUAGCAUUAAAAUUUCAACAACAAACAACAGUUGAUGAUACCCCUUCAUCACGUCCUUCUUCAACACCAUUAUCAAAUCAACUUGAAGAUGAAUUAGUUGAAGAAGCUGAAGCUGAAGAAGCUGAAUCUAUAAGAAAUGAAAUCUCUACAAUUCAAGAAGAAGAAGAAGAAAAUGAUGAACAAGAACCAAAUUCAAUCCAUGAAUUACAUGAUGAUUCUGAUGAUGAUGAUGAAUUAGAAGAACCUUCAAAUAAUGAUUUAUUUAAUAAUUUCCAUUUAAAUUUUGGUUCUUCUUCAUCUUCUUCAGAUGAUGAUGAUACAAAACAAUGGUUACCAGAACAUAAAUUAAUAACAAGAAGAAAAUAUCUUAAAGAUUCAAUUCGUUGUAUAAAAUUAUUACCAGGUGAUGAAGAAUGGGUUGGGAAAUUCAUUGUUAGAUCAUCAAAUCCACCAAGAUAUAAAACUAUUAAUCAAUUAAAUUCUAAAAAUUCUAAAAAUAAAUUUGUUAAAGAAUUCAUUGUUGGCCCCCAAGGUUUAGUUUCUGUUGUUAACUAA